CUUCGCAGAAAAAGAGGUGAGCUGAAGGCCAUCUGCUUCAGCCUCCUUGGCUUCGGUUCACUUCGUAGAGUAAAACAAUUUACGAUCAACCCAAGCAAAACUAACGAAUUCCGCGCUCGUCAGCACCGUGAAACCGCCCCACCAUGGGUGAGCAUAACUUACCGCACUCUGAAACGGGCGGCGUGAAGCCCAUGAGCAUCCAGGGUCGCUUCGCUAGCGACCGGGAACGUCUCACCGGCGACUUCACGGACGCGGACCGCGAGUGGCGUAAGAAGUGGCUCAAAGACCAGCAUCUGUCACCCAACGAGCCCCGGAAAGUGCCCGAGCUCGAGAGGGCCCUCAAGAACCCCUUCCGAAGGUUCUAUCGCUAUCCGAUGGACGCGCUUUUCGCCCGCCUCGAACCCACGCUGGGCAAAAAUCCGGCGAUGGUGCUUCGCUGGGUCAUACCCAAGGUUUUCUUCAUGUACGUCCUGGGCCUGGGGUUCCACUACAACAGGAAGUACAACCACCACGACUGGACGAGACACAGCGGACUCAUCGUUCGAAGCUCGAGGGUCGACGUGCUUCCCGGGGACCACGGCUACCCGAAGGUGUCUGACAAGGUCAAGCCGCAGGAUUACGCGGACCAUGGCUUUCAGAGUAGGACCGUGCUCCGCUGAACACCGCGGCUUUGGUUGGUCGUCGUCUGCUAGUGCGGCGAGGUUACCGUGUGCGCUUAAUAAAUAGUUGUCGCUUGU